AUGCGCAGUGAGGUCGAGUAUGCGGUGUUUGGAGCGCUCAUGUGCGCCAACCUCGGGCUCGGACUCUACUUCUCCUGCGCGCGGCGGGUGCGCAAGGAGGCCACCACCGAUGAAAUGUUCUUGGGCAGCCGGAGCCUCCGUACCCUUCCGCUCGCUGGCUCCGUGCUCGCGUCAAUGCUUUCUGCCAUCGGUGUUAUCGGCUUCAGCGCUCAUUACUACGCCUAUGGCUUCCAUUAUCUCUGGAACUUCAUGUCGGCUCCGCUCAUCGCCAUAAUCGUUUCCAAAAUGGUCAUACCUGUCCUGUACCAGCUUCAGGUUACAUCCGUGUUCGAGUAUCUAAGGAUGCGGUAUGGAAACAAGAUAGGGCUGACAGCGUGCGGAAUUUACUUCUUCAUAAGUGUAACAAUUGGAGCCGUCGCCUUGUUCACCGCCUCUGUUGCAGUCUCAACUAUUUUCAACGCAUCCUUGCCUUGGAGCACUGUUGCCAUCGGUAUCGCCAGCACCAUCUACACUUCGCUGGGAGGAAUGCGAGGAGUCGUUUGGACCGACUGCGUUCAGUCGCUACUAAUACUGAUGGCUCCCAUAACCGUCGUUACUAAAGUAAUCUACGACUCUCAUUAUCAAGGCGAUCGACUGCGGCCGGCGAGUGACUUCAAUAUGAAGGAGUACAUAUUUGAUGCUAGCCUGGACUACACAAAAGACGAGAACAUCUGGGCCUGCAUGAUUGGACUGUUCGUCCACAGCCUGUUUCGCUCGGGCAUGGACCAAGUAGUCGUCCAGAGGUACCUUGCUGCCAGGAAGUUGAAAGAAGCUCAAAGCAUCACCUACAUAGGCGUCACGUUGAACGCCUUGUACAACUUCAUCAUGGCCGGCAUGGCUGUAGCCCUUGUCUACUGGUACAGAGAUUGCGACCCACUUCUCUCUGGUGCCAUAACCAAGCUUGACCAGAUGCUGCCAUUCUACGUGAAGGAAAAUCUGGGCGAAUUUCCGGGAUUCUCGGGACUUUUCCUCACAGGUGUAGUCAGCGCUGCCACAAGCACUGUGUCAUCCAUCAUCAAUUCCCAAGCUGCCGUAUUUUACGUAGACGUUAUUUCACAGUACAGAAAGUUCUCGUCACAGCAAGCAGCAGCCUUUACAAAGAAGAGCGCCCUGUUCUUCGGAUGCGUUCUCACUGCUUGUGCGGUAGCAGUGCCCCACCUAGGUUCAGCAGUUCGGCUUAUUUUGGUGCUGCACAGUGGUGGAACUGCACCAUUCGUUGGACUCUUCAUUUUGGGUCUCGUUUUUCCGUGGGCCAAUGCAAAGGGCGCUGCUAUUGGCACUUUGGUGGCUGGCUCUCUGCAGCUGUGGCUGAUGUUUGGAAAGAUCGCCCUCGACAUUCACUCCCCCAGGAUGGGUGUCACUGUCGACUAUUGUCCAGUCAACACCACUUUUCCCGUCACCUACAAUUCUACCUUUAUUGAUGAUGAAGUAUCGUCGGUAGAAAGGGUUUUGGAUCACCAAGAAAACAGUCUACUUGGCUUCUACCAAAUUUCAGCCUACUGGAGCUUAAUAUUUACCACCUUUCUUACUAUCACUCUCGGUGUUGCAGUCAGCUUAUUAACAGGAGAGAAGAGGACGUGUGCCGAGAACUUUUCACUCACAAGCAAAGUUGCGUUGCGGUUAUGGAGGAAAUUAAGACUGCUACCAAAAGCGGAGGACAAUAUUCCAGCCGAAUUCAAGGAAGAUGAAGACGAGAAAGACAUCCUCCGCCACGAAUUCAGACGGGACGAGUCCUUCGACUCAAACGAGAGCAAUGUAUGAUCGCUUCAUCCCGUGGUUCGCCGGAAAGAGUAUUUUUUGUCGUGCACCGAGCAUGCUGGGAGAACAGCGCAGGACUGCACACUUCCAAUCGUGUCCUCGAGUUACUCCU